GCAACCUGAGUUUUCGACAGCUGUUCGUUUAUCAUUGGUGAAUUGUUAUUCCUUACACAUAUGGUUAAAAGCCAGGAAGGGCCAAGAUGUUACAAAACUCGCUAAAAUCUGGGGCACGAUUUUUUACGUUACGUAAUGCUUGUGUUAUCCCAAAGCGUUAUCAACAGACUCAGGUCGCAGCAAAUUCUACCAACACGGAGCCAGAGAAUAUCGCCACCAUCGAGGAACGCAUACUAAAGCACCUUGAUUAUUUCCAAGUACAUAACCUUUUUACCGUGCGCGAUCUUUUCAAUGCACGAGUACAUUAUGGCCACAAAGAAGGAUCGUUGGACGAUCGUAUGCGCCCCUACAUAUAUGGCAGUCGUCUAGGCCACCUUAUUUUUGAUUUGGAUAUAACAGCUUCACAUCUGCGUGAUGCUUUAAAUGUAGCAGCACAUGUCGCUUUUCGCGAUGGCAUUAUUUUAUUUUUUAACCGGAAUGCUCUCAAUGCUCAUUUGGUGGAGAAAAAAGCAAUGGAAGCGGGUGAAUUUUCACACACGCGCUUCUGGAGGGGAGGUAUUUUUACCAACGCUAAUGUGCAAUUCGGUGCCGUAACACGUUUGCCAGAUUUAUGUAUUUUCCUGAAUACCCAGAAUAAUAUCUUGACGCAGCAUGUAGCGGUGCGAGAUUCAGCCAAAAUGGCUAUACCCACUAUUGGGAUUGUAGACAGUAAUUGUAAUCCUAAUCUGAUCACUUAUCCGGUACCUGGUAACGAUGACUCACCAGCAGCAGUUGAGUUAUACUGCAAUCUCUUCAAAGCAGCAAUAUUACGAGGCAAAACAAAACGACGAGAACUUCUUGGCGAAGCUGCAGAAGGUGAGAGUCCUGAAUCAACCGAAUCGCAACAAUUAUUCGAGAAUAAGUAACGAUCUAUCUUAAAUAUACAUAGCGCGUACGUAAUUGAUUGUAUUGAAAAGCAAUAAAAUAAGCUUUUUGUCCCAUAAAAAAAGUUCUGAUUGCAUAAAUCA